AUGGGUUGCAUCGGAUCGUCACAGGCCAGAAAUGAAAGCGGAGUGAAAAGAAAGAAAAUCCGGAAACCAAAGCCGUGGGCGCAUACUGAGCCAAUCACAAGAGCACAGCUUACGAAAAUGCGUGAGGAGUUUUGGGACACUUCUCCACACUAUGGUGGUCAAAGAGAGAUAUGGGAAGCUCUACGAGCUGCUGCUGAAGCUGAAGUGACACUGGCACAAACAAUUAUUGACAGUGCAGGCGUGAUUGUUCAGAACCGUGACCUAACAUUGUGUUGGGAUGAAAGAGGUGCUAGAUAUGAGCUUCCUAGGUAUGUUCUAAGUGAGCCAACAAAUCUGAUUCGAGAGCAGGGACAGUGA